CCCCCUCCUCCGGACGCCUCUAUAAACACGCAGGGCUUACUCAGAAGAUUAGAAGGGACCAGGGGAAAAGACAACAGAGUCUCUUUUGUAAUGAGGAAGGAUUACAGCAUCAAGUGACCGGCUGCAGCUCCCAAGUGGGUUUCAGGCUCCUUAGCACACCGUGUCUGUCAGGUUCAAUCCCCCCCAUGAGCCAAGGGGGCACGAGGAGGCGGGCCGUGGCGUGGGCCACAAAGGACCCAGCGAGGACACGUGUGGCACCAAACCUCCAGAGCCUCCAGCACAGCUCAGGAGCCCAUGAAUGAUCUGUGAUGACAGUGACAUACACCAACCGUGUGGCUGACGCCCGCCUAGGCACCUUCUCACAGCUCCUGCUCCAAUGGAAAGGAAGUAUCUACAAACUUCUCUACUCUGAGUUCCUGAUUUUUAUCUUUCUCUACUUCACCAUCAGUCUGGUCUACAGGCUGAUCCUGAGUGAGAGCCAAAGGCUGAUGUUUGAGAAGCUGGCACUCUACUGCAACAGCUACGCUGAGCUAAUCCCCGUGUCCUUUGUGCUGGGUAAGAAGCUCUGGGAAGGCACAGGGAAGAGGAACGGCUCACCUCUAGGUUUCUACGUGGCUCUGGUGGUGUCCCGCUGGUGGGCUCAGUACGAGAGCAUCCCCUGGCCCGACCGGAUCAUGAACUUGGUCUCCUGCAACGUGGAUGGGGAGGAUGAGUACGGGCGGCUCCUGCGCCGCACGCUGAUGCGCUACAGCAACCUGAGCAGCGUCCUCAUCCUGCGCUCCGUCAGCACCGCCGUCUACAAACGCUUCCCCAGCAUGGAGCACGUCGUGAGGGCAGGCCUCAUGACACCAGAGGAGCACAAGAAGUUUGAGAGCUUGAAUUCUCCCCACAACAAGUUUUGGAUCCCCUGUGUGUGGUUCUCCAACCUGGCUGUGAAGGCAAGGAACGAGGGGAGGAUCCGGGACAGCGUGCUGCUCCAAGGCAUCCUGAAUGAGCUCAACACCUUGCGCAGCCAGUGUGGGCGACUCUACGGCUACGACUGGAUCAGCAUCCCUCUGGUCUACACUCAGGUGGUGACCGUGGCUGUUUACAGCUUCUUCCUGGCCUGUCUGAUCGGAAGGCAGUUCCUGGAUCCAGAGAAAGCCUAUCCUGGACAUGAACUGGAUCUCUUUGUGCCCGUCUUUACGUUCUUGCAGUUCUUCUUCUAUGCUGGCUGGUUAAAGGUGGCUGAGCAGCUCAUCAACCCUUUUGGGGAGGAUGAUGAUGACUUUGAAACCAACUGGCUCAUCGACAGGAACCUGCAGGUCUCCCUUAUGGCAGUGGAUGAGAUGCAUCAGGAUUUGCCCAUUCUGGAGAAGGACCUAUACUGGAAUGAGCCAGACCCUCAGCCACCCUACACUGCAGCCACUGCUGAGUACAAGCGCCCAUCAUUCCUAGGCUCAACUUUUGAUAUCAGCAUGCAGAAAGAAGAGAUGGAAUUCCAACCCCUGCAGCAAAUUAAAGAGAAUGAGGAGGCCAACCACUCCACACCCCUUCUGGGACACCUGGGCCGCCUCCUUGGUGUGCAGUCACCAAGCUCCUCCAGGUCCUCUUCCCGGAUGAACCUGCUGCGCAAGCGAGGAGACCCGGCAUCCCCCUUCUCCCAGUAUGCAUACCAAGACAUGGGCAAGCCUGGCAGCCCCUGUGGCAUCAACCAGCCAAGGGGAGACUCCAGUUCACAGGAGCAGUGGGACAGCGAAGACAGAAAACUAAGGGAGUUUGAUGCCUUCAUGUCAACCCCGUUUUAUGAGAGACCUGGUUUCUACAGUGCUCCACAGACACCCAUCAGCUCCAUCCCCAUGAUCUUCCCUCCCCGACGUCAAGGCCGCAAGAAGCCUCCUGCUCUCUCCAGCAUUGCUGCCUGCUCAACUUCUCUCAGAGAUGUCAUUGCCAACUCCUCACCUUCUAAGGUCAGUGAUACAAAUAAAAGUCAGAGCUCCCUUGGCUCGAGUGCAAAGGAAACGUUUGUUUGGCCAACGGAUCGGAGCAAAGGUCCCGACUCAUUGAUUCUAACAGUAGAAGAGGAGAAGAGCAGCUCUAGCAGUAAAAGCAGAGAUGUCACCACAGGAAGUCCAGGAGCUCAGUCCACAGCAUCAGAUAGCCUUAAAUUUCCCUUCAUGGACGAGUCCCCAGACCAUGAGAAGCAGGGUAGCUUCAAGAGUCUGAAGAGCUUCUUGAAAGGUUCACACCCACCCCAGCUAACCCUGGAGAGCACAGCAUCAGCCACCCCCACCUCUGAGCAUUCGAGUGCCUUUCACACCCCCAGUACCAAAACCCCUGGAGGCAGUGCCACCCUUUGCUUCUCAUUCCCUCCUGUGACAUCUCCAGUGCUGGAGAGAUCCCACAUGGGGAACGUGGUUCCUGACGCUCGCAGCCUCAGUUUAGACGACGCAGCCAGCACUUCAGAGCAGCAUCCAGGAGAGGUUUCCAGGACUACAAGAGAUACUGGAAAUGGAAACACUAAUACUCCUCCUACUAAAGAGGCAAGAAGAGCAGAGAGUGCAUCCCCCAAUGACUCUGGAAUCUCUCUAGCUGAAGGUGACUUGGUGGGGCUGAUGGAGGUGAUCAUGGAGACGAGUGAAAACGCGUGUGAAGAGCAGUUAGAUGAGUACAGCUAGAGGAGACCAGGAGACACCCAGUUCUGUUGAGAUUCCUGCUGGGUUACUGAUACUGCAGUUAUCUCUAUGACUGGCCACACUGGCACCCACCCAAACAGGAGGGCAGAGCAGCCAAAACACCUCUUGGCUGGAACACUCAGCUCAAGCCCAGCCCAAGGCUGAAGCCAGCACUACCAAACACAUCACUAGAAGCCUCACAUUCAGCAGCAGGCACAACUUGUGUUGCAACCAUAAAACAAAUAAAAAAAAAACAAACUUCUAGACUUGUGGCAAAACAAAUGAGUGUUAUAUUGCAGAUACCUAACAGCAGUUCAGCUGGUAUCUGCAUGAAGAACAUGGAGCACGAGUGUGGCCCAAAACAGGAUGUAUUAUGUUAUUAUUUGACACAAAACCCAUUGCAAGCCUCAGGUAGGAUCUGUGCUACUCACAAAGAUACUCCAAGGAAAGAGAGGGAACUGAAGCAAGUCACAGCAUUUGUGAUGCAGCCCCAUUGUUCAGCAGUCAUGCCUAGCUGGGGUUUUCCAGCAGUGGGAAAGGAACAGGGUAAGGCAGGGCACCUGUCCACUAGAGCAGGCAGCAGCAUUUGCCAAGUACAUGACUUCCUUUUGAAGUUCCACAUCACAUCUGCCACCAAUCUGAGUGCUCAGAGCAGAGAAAGUCAUCUGGAUGGCAGCAGACCCCAUACAGCUGAGUUUUCACUGUCUUCCCUAUGGAAAUAAAAGCAAGGCUGA